GUGGAAUUUCCUUUCUUGGCCUCGCGACGUCACACCGUUUCACAUCUCGCUUGCACCACUCAACCUCACCCCACACUCGUCGCAUUUCAUCUUUUGACGCACUCUCGCGCAUCACCCAGACAGCCCCUCGAUGCCCCGGCAAUGCCUCCCAAACGCAAGCAGCCGGCGGUGAGCGCAUCGGCCGCCAAACCAGCGACGAAGCGACGGUCCAAACUCGCCAAAGAGAACAACAUCACAGCCGAGGAAGAGGGCGAGAUUCAAGAUGCCUUUGACCUGUUCGCAGCCCGGAGCGCAGAAGCCAAGGCGAAAGAGAAUGUAAUUGCCACCAACGACGUGCGCCGCUGCCUCAUUGCCCUCAACGUCCCGCCGACCGACCAGGCGGAGUUGCAGGAGAUCAUCGAGACCGUCGACCCCGAUGCAUCCGGCUGGGUGGCCUACGAGACCUUUGUGGCCGUGGCGGCGCUCAAAUUGCACGCGAAGCACGACGACCCUGACGCGGUGAAUGAGGAGGUUGCGACGGCGUAUCGGCUGUUCACCAAGGGCCAGGACAGGGAGAUCAAUCUGAACGAUUUGCGCCGCGUGGCCAAGGAAUUGCGGGAGGAUGUACCGGAGAAUGUGAUGAAGGACAUGAUCCGGGAGGCUACGGCUGGCGGACUGGGAGGAGUGAGCAUGGAGGAUUUUGAAGGGGUCAUGAGACGCGCUGGCGUGUUUGGAUGAGGGGCAACAUAUGAUGGGGUGCAAGGGCACGCCGUCUUUCGUCGGUCUCUGCUUGGUCCUGCAUCCUACACACUUACAACACGGCCAACCACUUCUACCGCUUCGGAUACCAGAUUUAUCAUUCAGCCGGGCUCUACGAAGAGGUACGAAGCUGGGCCUUGACAUGGCUGUCAGCUUCGCCGCCACCAAACAGCCCCUAGCUGCUACCGGUUGCCAAAGUCAAUUGCGCAGAAAAGCCUCCAGGGCAGGAGACGCGAGCAUGCAUCUGCCCACCCGAUCGUGGAGCAAGCAGCUCGUCUGGCGCACCAGCAUUGGACGCUGCGUAGACAUUCAUAGCACACGAUAGGGGAAAUUUCAAGAACAAUGGAG